AUGGCCGAUGUCAUGUCCCAGACUCCCCCGGUUCUUCACGGUCCAUCCGAGAAGGAGCGCAAGUACGAUCGUCAACUCCGCCUGUGGGCUGCGUCCGGCCAGGCUGCUUUAGAGUCGGCCAACAUUCUACUUGUUAACUCUGGCGCUGGCACUGUCGGCGUCGAGACCCUCAAGAAUCUCGUUUUACCUGGGAUCGGCCAAUUCACCAUCGCUGAUAAGAGUGUCGUGGGUUAUGAAGAUUUGGGCGUCAACUUUUUCAUCGAUGAUAGCUGGCUGGGCAAGUCGAGAGCUGAAGCAUGUACCAACUUUCUGUUAGAGCUGAACCCGGAGGUACAAGGCGAAUGGUAUCCUAAAAACCAGGGGGAGUCUUUCGACCUCGAAGCAUUUCUCAGUGACUCACCUAUAUUUACCAUGAUCCUAUAUGCUCUGCCUUUACCCCAGGAUCAGGUCCAGCUCAUACAGAACUAUGCUCACAAGCAUAGCAUCCCCACAAUCUCAGUGCAUUCUGUCGGAUUCUACUCUUACUUCAAGUCCACUUUGCCUGGAACAUUUCCCAUUGUCGAUACUCACCCUGAUGAGACGGCCACUACCGACCUUAGACUUCUUGCGCCCUGGCCUGAGCUUGUCGAGUUUUCAAGGGGCAUGACUGAGAAUAUCGAUACGUUAGACAACCACGAGCAUGGACACCUGCCCCUAGUUGUUAUUCUACUUCAUUACCUUGAACAAUGGCAACAGACACAUGAUGGCGCAUAUCCUACCAGCUAUGCCGAUAAGACAUCGUUCCGCAAGACUGUUUCUGAGGCCAUGAGGACGGACAAUCCAGAGGGAGGCGAAGAGAACUUCGAAGAGGCUGUAGCUGCUGUUAUGAAGCACGUCGUAACACCAUCACUCCCAAGCUCUCUCCAGCAGGUCUUUGACUUCAAACAUCAAGAUCCUGAGGAAACAAAGUCCAGUUUCUGGAUCAUCGCAGAGGCAGUCAAACGCUUUUAUAACGAGCAUAGCCGGUUGCCCGUGCCUGGAGGACUGCCCGAUAUGAAGGCCCAGUCCAGCGUAUACAUCAAACUACAGAAUAUCUAUAAGGAAAGGGCUCGUCAGGAUGUUAGCCAAGUUCUCGAAACUGUUCGGGGAAUUCCUGGUGGAGAGGAUGUGGAUCCUGAGCAAAUCGAACUCUUCUGCAAGAACGCUCGUUUCAUCAAGCUUAUCAACUCUCCUGAGGAGAGGGCAGUCAAGCUUGAUCAGGUUGUCGAGCAGCAACUAGCCAACGAUGAGAUUGCAGCUAUGGCUGGCCCCGAGAUGCCGCUGUCUCUUAUCCCCCUUUACCUCGCCCUGUUGGCAUCGUCAAACUCGACAACAGCUACUGUGGAUGAGAUCAUGGCUUUCAUCAGUAUCAAUGCACCCCAGGCUGCUGACAACGAGCGCUACAAGAAGACUGCACAGGAGUUGGAACGAGCUGCUGGCGGCGAACUUCACAACAUAUCAGCGCUUACGGGUGGUAUGGUUGCGCAGGAGAUGAUCAAGAUCAUCACGAAGCAAUACGUUCCGAUCGACAACACAUGUAUCUUCGACGGUAUCGACAGCCGCUGCCAGGUUCUUCGCCUGUAG